AUGGCUCGUUCAUAUGAGGCUGCGAUAGGGGCUCUGAACUCUUUGCAAACGAAUUUCGCGAUCGUGGAGGAGCUCAGAAAAUCGACCUCGCGAGAGGACAUGAACAAGCGCUCACUUCCAGAGACAAUUGAAUGGCUUCGUCGCAUUGGAUAUAAACCCUCUGAUUUGGACCGAUUGAACUUGGUUCAUGUUGCUGGCACUAAGGGCAAAGGCUCAACCUCGGCAUUCAUUUCAUCGAUUCUGUCUCAGUACACUCAGCCAGCAAACGACCCUUCGACUCGGACACUUCACAAAAUUGGACUGUAUACGUCACCCCACCUACGGUUUGCGCGAGAACGCAUUAAAAUCAACAAUGAACCGCUCACCGAGGAACAGUUUGCUCGGUACUUCUUCGAGGUAUGGGAUCGUCUUGACGCCGCCGCGAAAGCCGCUGGCGAAGAUCCCUCGUCGUUGCGUACUAAGCCACAAUAUUUCCGUUACCUUACUCUGAUGGCAUUCCACACAUACUUGAGUGAAGGAGUUGACGCGGCGGUGAUUGAGUGUGGAAUUGGUGGAGAGUACGAUUGCACCAAUGUGAUUGAAAAGCCAAAGGUCGCAGCAAUCACCAGUCUUGGAAUUGACCACACUGCUAUGUUAGGCACCACCAUCGAAAAGAUUGCUUGGCACAAGGGCGGUAUUAUCAAGGAGGGCGUCAGAGCGUUUUCGGCGCCGCAAGCGCCGAGUGCAGAGGAAGUGCUCGCUGAGCGGGCGGCUGCCCGAAAUACUCCAUUGACUGUUGUCUCUCAGCACCCUGAUCUUCGUCCUAACACAAGUCAAGUGAAACUUGGCUUGGCUGGUGACUUCCAAUACACUAAUGCUUCUGUCGCAGUCGCAGCAGCAGCAGAGUUUCUGAGAAAGACUGGCGUCGCCCAGAUCUCAGAAAACAUUAUGUCCGAGCCGCUUCCUGAAAAGUUCAAGGCAGGACUUACGCAGGCUCGCCUGGGCGGGCGGUGUGAAACUCGCUUUGAAAAGAACGUGUCUUGGUACAUCGAUGGAGGCCACACUCUGGAGAGCAUCCGUCUGGCUGGCCAAUGGUUUGCUUCUCGCAUCCAAGUGGACUCCUCCAGUGAUGUUGCUGCAAAGAAAACACGGGUUUUGAUAUUCAAUCAGCAAACUCGUGACAGUGAGGCCUUGGCUCGUGCUCUCCACGAAACUCUGUCAGAUGCCUUACAGUCUGGUACUCCUUUCACACACGCCCUUUUCUGUACCAAUGUGACAUACAAACAAGCUGGAUUCCGUCCUGACUUGGUCAGCAUGAACACGAAUGCGGAUGAUGUGGAACUGCUCCGCGUCCAGAAGUCUCUUGCCGCAGCAUGGAACGAGAUCGACCCUACUGCUCAAACUCAGGUGUUCGGUACUAUUGAAGAAGCUGUGGACUUUGCCCGAGAUCUCGCCGCCCAGGAACGAAAGGAUAUGCAUCAAGACGAGGCGCCCGUAAUGACCUUGGUCACUGGAAGCAUCCACUUGGUGGGAGGCUUCCUUGAUGUAAUUGAGACCAAGCCUUACUCAGAGGCUGUAUGA